CCGGCCGCCCCGCCCGGCUCCCGCGGCGCGGGGGAGGGGAGAGGAGCGGCGGCAGCAGCAGCCGAGUGCCGGCUGUCAGAGCCGCGGGUCCGCGCUGGGCGGCGGCGGCUGGAGGACGGCGGAGCCCCCCGCGCCAUGGAGCCGCAGGCACGGGGCCUGUUGGAAACCCAGUCUUUGCAUGAAGCAGAUGAAGAUGUGGUCACUGAUGUUGAUUUCACCAGUAUGAUUUCUGAAGAAGAAAAAGAAGAGUUAAAGAUUGAGCUAGCCAAGCUAGAGGAUGAAAUUUCAACUUUGCGGCAAGUGCUAGCAGCCAAAGAAAAGCACCUGGCUGAAAUUAAACAAAAGCUUGGCGUGAGUCUGAUGAAUGAACUGAAGCAGAACUUCAGCAAAAGCUGGCAUGACAUGCAGACAACUUCUGCUUACAAGAAGACACAUGAAACCCUGAGCCAUGCAGGACAAAAAGCGACAGCAGCUAUCAGCAAUGUGGGAACUGCUAUCAGCAAGAAGUUCGGAGAUAUGAGAUCACAUUCAAUUGGUUACUCUAUUCGCCAUUCCAUAAGCAUGCCUGCAAUGAGGAAUUCCCCAACUUUCAAAUCGUUUGAGGAGAAGGUUGAGACCACUGUCACAAGCCUUAAGACCAAGGUUGGUGGGACAAGCCACACAGGGGGCAGUUUUGAAGAAGUUCUCAGUUCCACAGCCCACGCCAGCGCUCAGAGCUCUCUUGCUGGCACCCGGCUCCCCGAGACCGAAGAAGAGCUUCAGUGUUAGACUGCCGGCCGUCCUGAGCCUCCAGGCCUCUCUUCAGAGACUUGCCCAGCCCGUAAUUUUUAGACCUCCCUCACCACCUAACUUGCUCAACAAGGUUUUGUCAGCUUUGGAAAACUGCCUCCCUGGCCUUGUGCUGGAGAAGCAUUUUCUCUAUUUGUUUUUUGGCCAUUUUAUCAUCAGGUACUUUGUAGACCACAGAAAAGACACACAAGUUACUGACUUGUAAUGCUCUAAAAAUGUUAAGUGACCAAAAUAGUUUUCAUUUUCAUGUAACUUCCCUCCAACAAUCUCCCAGUCUCUCUUUCUUAUUUCUUUUAGUUUACUGUUUUCUAUCUCUUGGUUUCCAACUCCCUUCUCAGUGCCACAUGAGACAGAUGGACCUAGAGCUGUGCAAAGACUUCUACUGCCAGCAAUAGUCCAUAUACCAGCUGCCUACUGGUCAAUACCAGGUGCCCUUAGCUCAGGAGUGUCUGUACAUGAUUUAUUUCCUAAUGGAAUUAAAUCACUUAUUGUCACAAACUGGUUUUUCUCCUUCACUGGUACAGUUUGGCAUUGCCCUCUGCCCAUGAGUCAGCAGGGUCAAGGAGGACAGGAAGAAACACCCAGUCAUUCAUAUAGAAGCUGAACUGAUCGCAGCUGCUGAUUUGAUGAUUGUUGUAGCUGGAAAAGCUUCAGUUCCAUUGCUUGCUCUCUGUGAUUUGGUAAGACUUGACAGUAUAAGCUAGUUAAUUACAAAAGGAAGAGGAGUGGAGGGAACGCCUAAUAUUUUUGCCUCCAUGUCUUCCCCUCAAAAAUAAGGGAAGGUCUGUUUGUGAGCCUCAGUCAACAUACAGCCUUAAUGGAAAGAAUCCAAACCCAACAAUUGGCUUAAGAUGUGCCACAGGUUAGCGAGCCCACACCUUCAGUCCACAUUUGAGAGCUGCUAGUGUAAACCGUGUUAUCUUACAAUACACAGGAUGAGUAGGUACUUCACUUUUGGUGUCCAAUUCUGUCGUGCUUCAGUCUAGGAUAUAACUGCAGCAACUGCAUUGUAUCUGCUCACUAAGAGCCAGUCAUCUCGCAGCUUUGAUCCAGCAUGUUUUCUUGCAUCCUUUUAACAUUUUUUUCUAAAAAAAGAGCAGCACACUUGUGACACUGUCUUGCUGUCUAGUGAGCACGUGUCAGCCUGCAUGUUGCGUUACUCAGUUCACCAGACUGAGCUGAGAACAUCUUUGUCAAUAAACAAGAUGGAAAAGAGUCUGGCUGCUUGCAAUAUGGAUGCAUUUUUUUUUUUAGCAUAAGCCAAAGCUUCAGUGUUAGUGAGUUUGACAUUACAGACUGCUUAAAAUCUUGUGAGAAAACUUGGCUUUAAGUGAUUUUUUUCCUGUGUGGCUUCUGUUAUAGUUUUUACAAAGUUGGAAGUCCUUUUGUAAUGUUCUACUGGACAUAAGUUAGCUUUGGAUAUUUGUAUCAAAUGCCUCUUUAGUGUGAUUUUUAGCAUGGAAGCAAAUCUAAUUAGGUUUUUUUAGUACAGUUUUUUUGUGAUGGUUUCCUAGCUUAUUUUACAUGGUUUUGUGCAUAAAUGUGAAUUUAUUUAAAUAAAUAUUAAUAGUCAACUUAGUUUGUGUAAAUGAAGUUGAUACUCUUAUUAAAAAUAAAUUUCUCUCUUAGUCUUUUA